AUGGAACAUGACCGUGCAAAAGCGAGGCGGAGCGCGGCGCCACGGGCCUCUCCCCCAGGGCGGCUUGUAACAGUGUUGUCGCCCUCAGGUGUCACGUCGGCACCCCAGGGAAGCCGAAGACGCUAUGUCCACAGCCGCGAGUUGAGGCACGGUGGGCGGCGGGCGUAUAACGGGCUCUCGAGUGGCUACAAUGACUACUACAACGAAUACAACUACCAGGAGUAUUACUACGACCAGGAAACCGAAACGGACCCUCCCGUCUUCUUGUCGGAGCCGAGGACCUUCACGGUGGAGGUCGGGCAGACGGUGGUGAUCCCGUGCGACGUCGAGAAUAAUGGCAACAACAAGCUGAUCAUCAAGAAGGUGCCGUUCAACGGAGGCAACGAGAAGCUGCUCGCGGUCGGCAACGAGAAGGUGACGCCCGACCGCCGCGUGACGGUGGAGCGCUCCCGUCUCACCAUCUCGCACGCACGCCCUCGCGACGCCGGCGUCUUCAUCUGCCAGUUCGACCUGGAGCCGCCCCUGCAGCUGCGCCACAGACUGGACGUGCAGUUCGCGCCCUCCGUCAGGUCGCUGGUGCCCCCGGAGCAGCACGUGGCCAAGGGAAAGAGCGUGACCCUGGAGUGCAGGGCGCAGGGCAACCCCGAGCCCGUCAUCCGCUGGUCCCGGCAGGAGGGGCCUCUUCCCUCGGGCCUGCAGAGCGAGCAGGGCCAGAGCCUGACCCUGGAGGAGGUGGACCGGCACGUGGAGGGCACGUACCUCUGCACGGCGGACAACGGCAUCGGCCAGCCCGCCUCCGCCGCCAUGACCGUCACCGUCGAGUACCCUCCGGAGAUCACCACCGAAAAGGCUAUUGUGCGGACGGGCGAGGGCGAUCAGGUGGAGCUCGUAUGCGUCGUCCACGGGCGUCCAGCUCCUGACGUGACGUGGACGCGAGACGGCCACCCUCUCCCGGAAAACCAGAUGGACACCCAGCUGUACAUGCCCAACCACGGCGCCCACUACGUCCCGCCCACGCCUCACGACCCCCGCGAGGUGCACCUGAGCCAGAUCCGCACCGCCCACCGCCACACUCUCACCAUCAAGCACGUGACGGAGAAGGACUUCGGGGCGUACGUCUGCAUCGCCAAGAACGCCCACGGCCAGAAGGACGCCGUUAUCCAGAUGACAGCCCUCCCCAACACCCCCCACAUCACCAGCAGCCCGAAUGGAGGAGAAAGCGACAUGUAUACACUCACCUGGGAAGCCGAGAGUUACUACCCGGUGACGGAAUUCAUGAUCAAAUACCGCAAGAAUCACAUGGGUGGAUGGCAUGAGAACCAGACUGUGGUGCUUCGCGGGGGAGACUGGCAGAGCGUCACGCACUCGCUGGAAUCCGAGGAAAGGAAUAUGGACAACCUACACACUAUGGCCUUCACCCUCAAGAAUCUGGAGAUCGCGACCGACUACGUGGCCGUCGUGAGGGUGAGAAAUAAGUACGGUUGGUCGGCCGAGUCCCCGAACUUCAACUUUUCCACCAAGAAAGCCAUGGCGGUGCUGCAGGCCACCAGCGGCGCCCUUCGCCAAGCAGGGUUCCCUCUCGCGGCGCUUCUCCUGACCUUCGCCAUCUUCAGGAUAUAAGGACUUCGACCAGAGGAGGAUCUGCGUCCCCAUGCCAAGAAGCUGUCAACAGAAAAUGUCCGUGUAAAAGAUGUAUAAACAAUAUUUUUUUCUUCUAUUUUUUCAGUCGUAUUAUUUUUUGUUUGUUCCUCCGAGACGAAAGGGAUAAGGCAUAGUUCUGUGUGACGUCGGAGAGAUAUUUCUUGGAGCCCAGUGAUAGUCCAUCUUCCAGUCUCUAUCGCGUCAUGGCCCAAGUCGACCCUCGCUCACGGCCGCACAAGCUGCACUCUUCGGCCCUUUAUGGUCUCGAGAGAAUCGGCUGUAGUGAUGACAGGCGAGAAAGUGCAGAGAGAACUACCUUACCCGUCGUUUUUCUUAUAUCCAGUCGAAACCCAGGAACUUCGGACAAAUUAGGUAGUAGGGAUCGAUUUCUCAAGUACAGAUAAAAUGGAAUAUACAGAAUGACGUUGCUUUUACUUCAGAAAUUGUUCUACAUGUUCGUACGGAAUUGUAGUACACAAGUUUUGUAUAGCUGUGACGUGACUCAGUAGCAGCAAACUACAGUUUUGCUGCCUUUAUACAAACCUGGAAACCUACAGUGUAAGAAUAUAAGCAGAUCAUUAUGUGCACAUGUACUAAGAACAGUCACCACAGCUAUAACUGAGCGUUGCAGAGCAGGUGUAUGUGCAGGUGUUAAACAACGGCUUUAGUGUGUGGUUGCAUCGGGACCUGUGGAAAGGUAUAGGUGUUCAUGGACAUCGUAAGUUUUAUCAUGUCUGCGUAAGUCUGACAUAUAGUGACUAAGUAUUAGGGUUGUAUCCCAAGUUAAAAUGGUAGUUAUGGUUUUUUUUGUGUUCGUAAGUAAGAGGCAUGGCGGGUUUAAAGCUGAUAAGUUUUCAAUCAAGAUACCAUGUAAGUAAUUUAUUUUAUCAAGAAUAAAAAAAAAAAUUAUCUUCAAGAUUAGUUAUGUCUCCUUUUGUAUAUUUUCUAACAACAUUACUGUAAUAUGGAAAAGCAGAGUGGGUUGUAAAUAGCUAAACCUUAGUUUUAAUUCCAAAUAGGUUACUGUCACAUCCGCUCUCUGCCUUUCCGUUUCCCAUGUGAAAAUGUUUGUACCUUUUUAGCAAGUACCAAAACUUAUGACUUAUCUCGGCAAAUACUUUUCUUUCUAUAACUACAAAAUGAAAUGUUAUUAAAAUGGCUCGGGUUUGAGCGUAUUAAUUACAUCACAGUGAAACUUUUCAUGCGUGUUCGAAUGUGUUGUGAUAAUUCUGAAGUUUGAUGUUUUGGCUUAUUCCAAUCCAUGUGUUGAAGUUAGUACCAAGACAUAGAAGAUGAAACGGACAAUCCUUAGAUUUUGUAUAUAUAGUUUUGAUAUUAGGGGAAAACCAUAAACUCUACGGAGGAGAGAAUAAAGUUCCGACAAGUGAAAUGCAAAUGUGAUCAUCCUUAACUUAGGACGUUUGUGUUUGAAAGCGGCACGAAUAUAUGUCUCCCCUGUACUGCACUUCAGAAUCUUAUCAUCUGUGUUUCCUUUUUAAGCAACAGCAAUUUGAUCCAAGAGAACUAUCAACGGAGUUAAUGAAGUUAGAUUAGGCAGGCCUGGUACUCGCUCCUUCUUCAAAACUAAUGUUUCCGUAUUCAGUGUAUUUAUCUGAAUUGUCGAAGGAAGUUUGAAAAUGGAACUUGAAAACAAAGCUACCAAAAAACCCUAGAGUACUGCAAACGUAUUUUGUCUGCCAUUGUUAACUUAUGUAGUGUUUCCCGUUGGGUGCAGAGAUGUAGUAGCUUCGGCGUCUAUUUUAUAAUCGGUGAAA